AUGACUCAAAAGGAAAGAGACUACGAAAAAGUAACUACUAGUAAAAUUGACGUGAGAGAGAACUCAAUGCCAAUGGAGAAUAACGCGGGGAAAUGUAAGAAUAAAAAUAGUGCGAGUCAGGAUGAGGUUAUUGUAAUGUCAAAAAUAAAUAACGUUGAAAAAGAUGUCGGAUCGAAUAAUGAACAGAAUUCACGUGUGGUAAGGAAAAUUUACUUUAUACUAUCCCUGUUUCUUUCGAUGUAUGAGAAAAGGAAUGGAGAGCCCACGAAAAUUGCUGAUGAAAUCACGCCAUCACUUGAGGAACUCUUGUCAACCGAACCGAGGACUGGGCUGACUACCGAAGAAGCAAAAUUACGAUUGAGAAGAUUUGGGAGGAAUGAAAUUAACGAUGUUAAACCUUAUCCUCUCCUGAAAUUCCUCUCCUACUUCCGAGGUCCCAUUGCCUAUCUUAUAGAAAUUGCAUGCAUAGUAGCUGCUAUAGUUGGCGACUGGGUCGACCUUGGAAUCAUACUUGGAUUGUUGAUCGUCAAUGCGUGCAUCGGUUUCAUCGAGGAAGCUCGAGCUGAAUCCGCUUUGGACGCAUUGCGACAAACUUUAGCAUUGACUACUCGAGUUUGGCGAGAUGGUAAAUUGGUAGAAGUAGAUUCUGCAGAAUUGGUGCCAGGCGAUGUGAUCGCGUUGAGAAUCGGUGAUAUUGUACCCGCUGAUUCAAGGUUGUUGGGAAUUAGUGUGACGGGAAACGUGACGGAGAGUUUAUUAGUUGACCAGUCAGCUUUGACGGGCGAGAGUUUACCUGUGCGUUGCAACAAAGACGAUUACGUUUACUCAAGUUCCAUUAUCAAGCAAGGCCAAAUGCUGGCGAUAGUUUGCAAAACCGGGGAGGACACGUAUAUCGGUCGAGCAGCAACUUUGAUGAACAUGACUGUGGAUCAAGGACAUUUUCAAAAAAUUCUUCGAGGAAGUAACAUUCUAGAAACUCUACAGUUAGCGUUAUUGUUGACGGUUGCCGCCAUUCCGGUCGGAUUACCAACUGUGUUAUCGGUCACAAUGGCCGUAGGAGCAAAGCAAUUAUCUGCCAAGAAGGUCAUAAUCAAACGUUUAACUGCUGUCGAGGAAUUGGCCUCGGUAUCCCUUCUGUGUACGGACAAAACUGGCACUCUCACGCUGAACGAACUUACAUUUGACAAACCUUGGUUAUAUAACGGUCACACCAGCUCCGAAUUACUCCUUUACUCCUACCUGUGCUCAGAACCCAGUACCAAUGAUGCCAUAGAGACUGCCAUAAGAAAUGCCGCAGAAUCAGAACUUGACUUUUUAAAGGAUAACGAAAAUGAUCACGAAAUCCCAGGGUAUAAAGUCACCUCGUUCACUCCGUUUAACCCAUCAACCAAGUUGUCAAGAGCUGUCGUGAAGAACUUGCAAACAGGUGAAAUUUUUCAGGUCGUUAAAGGUGCUCCACAAGUUAUUAUCAAACUCGUGAAUGGAAAUGAUGAGAUCACGAAUGCUGUAAAUGAUCUUGCCUCUCGUGGAUUAAGGGCCUUGGGCGUCGCGAGGUCAUCACCCCUUGUAUCUAAGGAAAUUUCCAAUGAUAUCAACAAUCACGAUUUACGAUGGGAUUUAAUUGGAAUGAUAAGUUUGUUGGACCCUCCAAGGCCAGAUUCCAAAGAGACUCUUAAUCGAUGCAAAGAACUUGGAGUCAACAUAAAAAUGAUUACAGGUGAUCAGGUUGUAAUUGCAAAAGAGGUGGCACAUCGACUUGAGAUGGGUCGGGUAAUAUUGGACGCGAAUUAUUUGGUGGAUCCUAGUCGGUCAGAAGAGGUGAUGACGGAGGCUUGUGAACGGGCUGAUGGGUUUGCACAGGUGACACCCGAACAUAAGUAUAGGGUAGUAGAGUUGUUACAGAAAAAAGGAUACUUGGUUGGAAUGACGGGCGACGGUGUAAAUGACGCGCCAGCCCUAAAACGUGCCAAUGUCGGCAUUGCGGUGCAGGGAUGCACAAACGCUGCCCGAAGUGCUGCUGACAUAGUUUUAUUAGCAUCUGGACUAUCAACAAUUGUCGACGGAAUAACAACUUCACGAGCCAUAUUUCAACGGAUGAGGAGUUAUUCGUUGUAUCGUAUCACAUCGACUAUACAUUUUCUGCUAUUCUUCUUUUUUAUCAUAUUGAUCAAGGAUUGGAGGAUGCCAGCGGUGUUGUUGAUAUUAAUCGCGCUUUUAAACGAUGCGGCAACUUUGGUGAUAUCUGUUGACAACGCUCAGAUUUCCGAGAGACCAGACAAAUGGCGUAUUGGGCAGUUAAUUACACUUAGCAUAAUACUAGGAAUUUUAUUGACAGGAUUUAGUUUUGCACAUUUCUUCAUUUUCGAAGAAAUAAUUAAUGUUGAUCCAAAUCGACUGCAAACUGUAAUGUAUCUUCACAUAUCCAGCGCUCCGCAUUUUGUAAUUUUUUCGACACGAUUGACGGGUCAUUUCUGGGAAAAUAUACCAUCACCAAUAUUCAUUGCAUCCAUAUUUGGAACUCAAAUAUUUGCAAUGUUUUUGUCGGCUCAUGGAUGGUUGACUGAGGCUAUUGGAUGGCCAACGUCAAUCGUAAUUCUGUCGAUCUCGUUGGUGAUAUUUAUAAUCCUCGAUUUUGUAAAAGUAUUCGUGUUUCGUUAUUGGUCAUUUGAACUCACCACCAAACUAUGGCCGUCACCAGCGAGACGAGCGGUGGCAACAGUUAGGCGCGAGAAGUCCGAAACUAAGAAAAGGGUGUCGGUGAACUUUGAAAAGGUUCGAAAAGUAUUGUUAAUGGUUAAGGUGAUACGGUUGAUGAAAAUGUUGGUGAAUAGUAGGAAGGUGAAAUUGGAAAGAAGGGUUACCAAUAAUGGAAAUUAUGAGGACUGA